AUGAAUGUAUUGCUCAAGAAGAACGAAAUUAUCGAUCUAAUCAAACAACAGGAUGAAUCAGUAAUAUUUCAAAAGCCAAAACAAACAUCAAAAUCAUUUUCAGUAUGGGAACACUUUAGUUUGAUUGUCGUUAAUAAAAUAAAACAAGAAACGGUUAUUUGUGAUAAUUGUAAGGACUUAUUAACAUAUCGACAGAAAGAUGGCACAACAAGUAUGGCAAAGCAUUUCCGAUCAUGUCACAGUGAUGCCGCAAAUGCAAGAAGUUGUUUAAACAAACAAACAAAGGUUACAGAAUAUUAUGCAUCCUCGCAAACAUUGACUAUACCAAAGAAAAUCAAAGAAAAAGUGAAAAUUGCUUGUACAGAAUUUACAGCAUUAGAUUGUCGA